AUGUUGAAUCUACGUUUAGGGUUGGUUGGGACGCGCAUCUUCAACAACAAGCAGGAGAACGAUUGGAGCUUGAGAACGACACUUCAUAUGGCGAGCCUGUAUGGCUAUCUUUUUGCGAAGAAGGGCUCCUGGAAACAUUGGGCUCUGCUAAUGCACCAGCAUAAGUAUGAGCUUCGAAGAAUGCGAAGUAUCCCGUCCUCUGCGACUGCAGAAGAUCCUGAUCUCGAGACCGGUCUCGGGAACGGUGCGCAAGUAGAGGUUGAUCAAGAGCCAAUCGACGACUUUCGGAACUCUUCAGGCUUUGGGCGCUAUUACAAGAAGGUCAUAAGCAAAGAUCGACUUUAUUCUAUGGCGAUGAAAGCACGCGCAGCAGCUAUUGAAGCUAGCCGCAAACCCGAAUUCCAACAUCCCAAGCCUGAAGUCGGACUGCUGUACAUAGUUCACAUUGGUUGGACGAACAAGUCAAAGGCACAAGUUGACGAAGUAUGUCUGAAUGUGGAAAAGAGUUUUGGCACUUAUAACCACCUGAAAAAUAACUGCCAACACUUUUGCCGCCGGUUGGCGGCUGGUGUUGUGACAAAACGGUCACAAGACUGGGGAUGGUUCCAGUAUAUGUCUUCAAAGGAUUAUGAAUACGUGGGACCCGAGACGAUAGGCGCUCCGGGAGGGGUUGCAACCCUAUGUGCGGAAAGGUUAACCAAACUGAAAGAGAGCGGCCAAAUUCCGGAUCCACUAUCGCUACGCAUUGUUGAUGAGCACAUUGAACGACUGAAAGGGUAUGUGCGAAGUAUAUGGCAAGAGAAUCAAGACUUCGUAAGCCGACAGGCGCAAGCUGCUAUGCAGUAUGAUCAGCAGUUACAGCAGUUACAGCAGGACCAGCAGAACGAUGGAAAUGGAAUAGGUGAUGGAGGCGGGCCUUCCGGAGGCUGA